UCCCUCUUCACAGUUCUUUCUUAAUUACAUACACAUCACAUUAGAAAAACGACAUAGAAAGAGAGAUGAGUUUUGAAGGUUUUCUUUCUCUUCAAUCAAUGUCUGCUACUUGCGGCUUCUUCUUCUUCGCCUUCACCCUUCUCUUUUCUUUGUUCUCCUUUAUGCUUUUCAUCAUCAGGAUGAAGCCAUGGUGUAACUGCGACAUCUGCAGGAGUUACUUGACCGUGAGCUGGGCCUCAAAGUUCGCCAACCUCUGCGACUGGUACACGCACCUUCUCCGAAAAUCCCCAUCGGGCACCAUCCAUGUGCAUGUCUUGGGGAACACCAUAACCUCCAACCCCGACAACGUCGAGCACAUUCUCAAGACCAAUUUCCAAAACUACCCCAAAGGAAAACCCUUCUCCGUCCUCCUCGGAGACCUCCUCGGCCAAGGGAUUUUCAACGUCGACGGCGAUUCCUGGCUCUUUCAACGCAAAAUGGCCAGUCUUGAACUCGGGAGCGUCGCGAUUCGCUCCUACGCAUUGGAGUUGGUCAACGAGGAGAUCCACGCGCGCUUGCUCCCUUUCGUGGUCUCAACCGCGCGUGGCGAAAUGAACAAGGAAAAGGUCCUUGAUUUACAGGACAUACUACGGAGAUUUUCGUUCGACAACAUCUGCAAAAUAUCGUUCGGUCUUGACCCGGGUUGUCUCCUCCCAACUCUCCCCGUUUCGGACCUCGCCGACGCCUUUGACUUGGCCUCCAAACUCUCCGCGGAACGCGCCAUGACCGCGUCGCCGUUUAUUUGGAAAGCGAAGAGGCUUUUCGGAAUCGGUUCGGAGAAGAGACUGAGAGAAGCGAUCAAGGUCGUAAACGACGUCGCGCAAGACAUGAUAAAGCAGAGGAGGGAAAUGGGGUUCAAUUCGCAUAAAGACAUUCUCUCGCGGUUCAUGGGAUCCGUUGAAGAUGACGCUUACUUACGAGAUAUCGUGGUGAGUUUUCUUUUGGCGGGCCGCGACACCAUCGCCUCUGCCUUGACGGGCUUUUUUUCUCUGCUGUCGAAAAGCCCCGAAGUGGAGGCGCGGAUCCGCGAGGAGGUGGGUCCGGGCCCGGAGCCCCCGACUUUUGAUCAGAUUCGCGAAAUGCAUUACCUGAACGCGGCGGUUCACGAGAGCAUGAGGUUGUUUCCGCCCAUCCAGUUCGAUUCGAAGUUCGCCACGGAGGAUGACGUGUUGCCAGAUGGAACUUUUGUACGCAAGGGGAGUCGGGUCACUUAUCACCCUUAUGCCAUGGGUCGGAUGGAAAACAUCUGGGGACCCGAUUGCCUCCGAUUUCGACCCGAACGGUGGUUGCGUGAUGGAGUGUUCGUUCAACCGUGUCCUUUUAAAUACCCGGUUUUUCAGGCCGGUGUAAGGGUGUGUUUGGGGAAGGAUUUGGCUUUGACGGAGAUGAAGUCCGUUGUGGUCGCGUUGCUUAGGCGGUUCGACAUUCGGGUCGUUGAACCGGAUCAGGAGCUCCGGUUUGUGCCAGGUCUGACAGCCACUUUACGAGGCGGGUUACCGGUUCGGGUUUUGGAAAGGAAAUGUUGAGAUCCAAAAACAGUGAGAUAGGAGUUAUUAGGAGUUGGUAAAAUGGGGAAAGUGAUGUCAUGUAAAUAAUGUUGCAGUUCAAUUGAAUGUUUCUUUUUUUUCUCAUCGGAAA